AUGCUGACCCGCCUGUUCAGCGAGCCUGGCCUCCUCUCGGACGUGCCCAAGUUCGCCAGCUGGGGCGACGGCGACGACGACGAGCCGAGGAGCGACAAGGGCGACGCGCCGCCGCCGCCUCCGCCUGCUCCCGGGCCGGGGGCUCCGGGGCCCGCCCGGGCCGCCAAGCCCGUCCCCCUCCGUGGAGAAGAGGUGCCAGAGGCCACGUUGGCCGAGGUCAAGGAAGAAGGCGAGCUGGGGGGCGAGGAGGAGGAGGAAGAGGAGGAGGAAGAAGGGCUAGACGAGGCGGAGGGCGAGCGGCCCAAGAAGCGCGGGCCCAAGAAGCGCAAGAUGACCAAGGCGCGUCUGGAGCGCUCCAAGCUGCGGCGGCAGAAGGCAAACGCGCGGGAACGCAACCGCAUGCACGACCUGAACGCAGCACUGGACAACCUGCGCAAGGUGGUGCCCUGCUACUCCAAGACGCAGAAGCUGUCCAAGAUCGAGACCCUGCGACUAGCCAAGAACUACAUUUGGGCUCUCUCGGAGAUCCUGCGCUCCGGCAAGCGGCCCGACCUAGUGUCCUACGUGCAGACUCUGUGCAAGGGUCUGUCGCAGCCCACCACCAACCUGGUGGCCGGCUGCCUGCAGCUCAACUCACGCAACUUCCUCACGGAGCAGGGCGCAGACGGCGCUGGCCGCUUCCACGGCUCAGGAGGCCCGUUCACCAUGCACCCCUACCCGUACCCGUGCUCGCGCCUGGCGGGCGCACAGUGCCAGGCGGCGGGCGGCCUGGGCGGCGGCGCGGCGCACGCCCUGCGGACCCACGGCUACUGCGCCGCCUACGAGACGCUGUAUGCGGCGGCUGGCGGUGGCGGCGCGAGCCCGGACUACAACAGCUCCGAGUACGAGGGCCCGCUCAGCCCCCCGCUCUGUCUCAAUGGCAACUUCUCUCUCAAGCAGGACUCGUCGCCCGACCACGAGAAAAGCUACCACUACUCUAUGCACUACUCGGCGCUGCCCGGCUCGCGGCCCACGGGCCACGGGCUGGUGUUCGGUUCGUCGGCUGUGCGCGGGGGCGUCCACUCGGAGAAUCUCUUGUCUUACGAUAUGCACCUUCACCACGACCGGGGCCCCAUGUACGAGGAGCUCAAUGCGUUUUUCCAUAACUGA